AUGUCGCUCAAGCAAGAGAUAGAGACGUGGGUUACUGCGCUGGCCGCGUACGACAACAACGAGUUCGACAGUGCAAUCCGAUGCUUCGAGCAGAUCGCGGAUACGUCCAAGAUCCUAUUCAACUGUGGUGUGAUUCACGCGACCUUGGGCGAACACACGCGAGCUGUGGAGUGCUAUCAACGAGCUACCCAUCUCGACCAGUACCUCGCCAUCGCCUACUUCCAACAAGGAGUGAGCAACUUCCUCAUGGGCGACUUUGAGGAGGCGCUUGCCAAUUUCAACGACACUCUGCUAUACCUACGUGGGAAUAACAACAUCGACUACGAGCAGUUGGGAUUGAAGUUCAAACUAUACUCUUGCGAAGUGCUCUUCAACCGUGGACUUUGCUAUAUAUACCUCCAGCAAAAGGAUCCUGGAAUGCAGGAUUUGGUCUUUGCUCUGAAGGAGAAGGUUGUUCCCGAUCACGAUGUCAUCGAUGAAGCCAUACGGGAAGAGGCAGAAGGUUACACUGUGUUCUCAAUCCCCGUCGGCGUGGUCUAUCGACCCAACGAAGCCAAGGUCAAGAACUUGAAGAAGCAGGACUACCUCGGGAAGGCAAGAUUGGUCGCAUCAUUUGAUCAGCAGCUCAUGGUCGACCCUCGACGGCAAGCAGCACUCGCGGCACUGGGUGUUGACGACCGGCCAGGAGAAAAGCUCUCUUAUGCAGCGUUGAACUUGGUGAGACCGGAUCUCCGAAGCCGUGCUAAUAGACAACAAUCUGAACCGCCGCGGCAUCGCCAGGUGUUUCCUCCCACACCGCCGCCGGAGCUUGAAAGACCGGAAUCUGCACAUGGCAAACGGCGGUCGACAGACAGCACAAACUCGGAACGAUCCAGCUUGCAACAAUCCCGGCCUGGCGCGAAGCCGUUACGACUUGAGCUUGGUGUUGCAGCUUUUGAGCACAAGUCACACACGGAUCGACCUCGCUUGCAGCCCAAGCGAUCCGAAUCGGAACGGCCUGCGAUGAGAAGGGAGCCGUCCAACGCACCGUCCAAAACGGCCGACAGUAGGCGGAGAGAGCACCGAUCGAGCUAUCGCGAUGUCCCGGAGGUUCGGAUUAAAGACGACCCGAUAGAAGCGUAUAGCGAACAGGCAUACCAGCAGCAGGCUCCACUACAUCAGCGAUCUAGGUCAAGUGCUCAUCAUAGCCAGCCAUUCUCCAUCGAGGAAGAAGAAGAAGAAGACGACGAGGAGACCUUGUCUCCUUUGGAGCAGCCUCUUGCUUUUGAAAUCCUUCCUCCAAAGCAUUCCAACUAUCCACGACAUCGGUCGCAAUCACGUCGUGCACCAGAUGUACGAAAAGUGCGCGUUAAAGUGCAUGCCGAGGACAUGCGAUAUGUCAUGACAGCGCCAACCGUCAGUUAUGAGGAACUCUUCGAACAGAUUCGAGUUAAAUUCGGAUUCAAGACCGGCUUCAAACUGAAGAUAAAGGAUGAGGAUGGCGACAUGGUCACUAUGGCAGAUCAAGACGAUCUUGACAUGGCGAUGGGAACAUGUAAAGCUGCGGCUGCGAAGGAUAUGGCUGAUAUGGGAAAGAUGGAGGUCUGGGUGCAUGAGAUCUGA